AUGGAUCGAUGUUCAUGCCUAAACACGUGGCGACGAGGAGGCCGACGACGACGACUCUUCUAUUAUCGCAUGUUUAAAGGAACACUUCUUUCCGGUGUCACAGAUGAUGCUGAAUGGAUGGCAUCUCCUCGUUUCAGCCAGUUCGUUGACCUCAUACCUUGUCCUUCUUCUCCGCAAGUUCAACUUAUCAUCAAGAACCCAGAUGCAAGUGAGCGUACACUGUAG